AUCAUUACACAGAAAUACUGCGUACUAACACGGAGGAUUGCAGUAAGAAAUACGCGAUAAAAAUCUCACCGAAACGACAUAAAAAAGGAUUUACAAUUUUUACAAUUUUUAUUUUGGUUUACAAAAGUGUUUCACUUCGGAAACUGACAACAACUUUCGUCACCGGGGCUAGUUAUAUUGAAGUAAAGAUGUUGAAAGUUUACCUCAUGUUGGUUUUGUCUGUGGCUGCUGCUGUGUUCGCUGAAUCGGUCCGAGAAACAGAAACAUGGGUACCUCUGAAAAACACGUCACCCCAUGAGGAUCUGGAGUCUUCCGGCGACUCUCCGAAUGAAGAUUUUGAGUUUGCAGAAUUAAACCCAACUGACGAUGAAGAUGGCUUUGACGAUGACGAUGAUGAAGAAGAUGAUGCUGAUUAUGAUGGCUCAGGCUCUGGGUUUAUAGAUGAGGCCACAGUAAUCGAGACUAAUCUCUUUAAUGAUAACCGGAUCCCUGAACCUGAGGGUCCAUUUGCACCAAAGCCAACUAACAAUUAUGAUGAUGUGGUUAAACGCAACGAGGUCGGCCGGCGUGGAGAAACAAACCAAGGCGAUGACCAGCACAAUAAUGUUCUCAUGACCCAUGCUGGAGAAGACAGCAUGUUCAACAACACAGAGGUGCUUGCAGCUGUUAUUGCGGGUGGAGCAGUUGGUCUGGUCUUCGCCAUCCUCCUCAUCGUCCUGCUGGUCCACUUCGUUCUCCGCAUCAAGAAGAAAGACGAAGGAAGUUACGACCUGGGCAAGACGCCCAUCUACAAGAAAGCUCCUACCACAGAAAUCUAUGCAUGAGCAUCCACACCCUCCCAACCUUCUCUCCCUCUCUUUUGAACUAUAAGCUCACACAGUGCCUCGGCCCAACGGGUCGCCGCCAACCUCUCACGUACCACGAAAACCGCAGAAGGACCUCACACGAAUAAUUUACUCUGACUGGACAUUUGCAUUGAAAUCUUAAAGUGACUCUGAGGGCAUAGCAUCUGUUGCCAAACCGCUCGAUUCAAAAGAUGUUCUUGUCUUUUUGUGCUCGCACUCUCUUAAGUUUAUUGCCUUUUCCACACGUGGCCCAUUGUGUCCAUUUUUUUUUUUUGUUUUUUUUUUUUUUU